ACGGGCGGAUGUCUGGGUGUUUUUUGUUCUGCAGCAGCUGGUUGAGUUGGAGUCGGAGGGUUCAGAACUGAACAGAGACCCGUCCGCUCCUCUGAUCACCUCCUUCGAUCAGUUUGAGGAGCAUCGAUCAGCGCUGAUCGGUUCGGAUCGAUGGAUUAGAGGAGGCGCCGCCGCAGAGACAUGGAGUGUGUGUGGCUGCUGUGUGUGUUGAGUGUGUGUGUUGGGGCUCACGGUGGAUUGGACAGGAGUGGCCACGCCCACCUGGACCGACACCAUCACUUGGUUUCCCAUGGCAACGCAGCCUCAGAUCUGUGUGUGAUAGACCAGCAGCUCUGUCAGGAUGAGAACUCCAUCCUGAGCUUCGAGGCAAUCUGCAGCAUCCAUAAAUUGAUGGACGAUGACGCCGAUGGGACGGUGGACACGAUGGAGACAGACGAGUUCCUCAGGGAAGACCUCCAGUACCACGACCCCAAAGCCAAACACAGCAGCUUCCACCGGGCCGAUCUGCUCAUCAGCGUGGAGGACAUGUGGAACGCCUGGAAGAGCUCCGAAGUGUAUAACUGGACGCUGCAGCAGGUGGAGGACUGGCUGGCCAUCAGUGUUGAGCUUCCUCAGUACACAGAAACUUUCCGGAAACACCAGAUCAAUGGCAAGGCCCUGCCCAGGCUGGCGGUGAAGAACACGACACUCACCAUGUACGUGCUGAAGAUCUCAGACCGAAGUCACGGCCAGAAGCUGCAGCUCAAAGCCCUUGACAUCGUUCUGUUCGGACCGCCACCAGCACGACAGAACCGCUGGAAGGACCUGGUUCUGGCCAUGUCCAUCCUCAUGGCGCUGGGUGGCUGCUGGUUCGCCUACGUCCAGACCCGGAAGUCCAGAGACGACCUGGGGAAGCUGAUGAAGGACCUGGAGGGUCUACAGAGGGCUGAGCAGAGUCUACUGGACCUGCAGGAGAAGCUGCAGCAGGCGCAGGAGGAGCAGCGCAGCGUCCAGGUGGAGAAGGUGAAGGUGGAGGAGGAGCUGAGGAGCGAGAUCAACUCAGCCAAGCAGGAAGCUCAUCGGCUCCGCGAGCUCCGAGAGGGAACCGAGAACGAGAGGAGCCGGCAGAAAUACGCAGAGGAGGAGCUGGAGCAGGUCCGCACGGCGCUGAGGAAGGCGGAGAGGGAGCUGGAGUCACGGGUUCGCUGGCUGCCGCCGGACGCUCUGCAGAAGUGGCUGCAGCUGACGCACGAGAUCGAAGUUCAGUACUACAACAUCAAGAAGCAGAGCGCUGAGAGGCAGCUGCUGCAGGCCAGAGAGGGGGCAGAGAAGAUUAAGAAGAAGAGGAGCUCUCUGUUUGGAACGUUCCAUGUGGCUCACAGCUCCUCGCUGGAUGACGUCGACCACAAGAUCCUCUCUGCAAAACAGGCCCUGGCCGAGGUGACGGCGGCGCUGAAGGAGAAGCUCCACCGCUGGCAGCAGAUCGAGUCUCUGACCGGCUUCUGUCUGGUCAACAACCCGGGGGUGGGAGCGCUGGCCGCCGCCCUGAACCUGGACCCGUCCUUCCUGGGCCUGAGACCUCCGACCCCUCAGCACCUCCUGCUCUCAGACGACCUGGACGACAUGGACGAGGACAUCCUGUCUCCCGGGACGCUGCAGUACGCAGCGUGGCAGAUGGACCGGCGAGUCAGCGACCUUUGGCCUCUGGGCGGCAUGACAGAUACCCAGCCACCAUGGAAACAAUCCGCCCAGAGCCUGAUGCCCCUGCGACCACGGAUGGGAGACCCCGCUCUGGCGUUCAGCUCUCAGAGGUUGGUUGAGGGGAGGGGCUUGUCUCAGCAGGAUGGGUGUGGCCAGGCCACGUCGUCCCGCCCCCCCAGCGGCAGGCAGAAUCGCAGCCGCUCGAUUGGCCAGCUGGAGUUCCUCCCCGUGCCUCACCCUCCCCCUCUGUCCUCCUCCCUGUCUCACCCCUCCAUCGGCCCCGUCCUCCCCGUUUGUCCUCCCCCGUCUCCUGAUGGCGCCGCCGCUCGUUUCUCCGCUCUGCUCUUUCGUUCUUCCUACUUCCACUCUUCGGAGGCGGCGUCCAGCCUCCCUCCUGCAGGUGGCGCUGCAGGGAGCCGGAGGCAGCGCUGUCGCUCCGGCAGCUUCGGGGACAUCAUGAAUCGCUCUGAUUCUGAUUCUGCCCUCCCGCUGUCUCAGAGCGAAUCACGAGGCUUGUACUGCUCAAAGCCCCACCUCCUGCCCUCCAGGCUCCACCCCCUACAGGCGGGUUCUGGGCUCAGUGGAGGAGGUCUGGAGAAGAGCUCCAGCCUGGUGGAGCUGAGAGGCAGCCCCGCCGCCGGCCUCACCGCCUCCUGCUCCACCCGCUCGCUGUGCAUCACGUCGGAUGCCGUCGACAGACCGGCCAUCUUCUCAUCCUCCGCCUCGUCCAGCUCCUCGGGCAGCGCUCGGGGGGCGGGGCUCCAGCCUCCCACCAGGAGGAGCCCCGCGGAGGAGGACGGAGCAGAGGAGGCCGAGUCGACCGGCAGCCGGAGGAGAAACGCUUUUAAUAAGAUCUUCAAGAAGAAGCAGGGACGUCACUGAAUGUCACAGCUGCUGAAUGAAACCUGCUUUCACCUCAUGACCUUCAUCUUCAGGGCUCCAGCCUGCGACCAAAGAUCAGCCAGGUGAGACUAAACGUUUCAUUGGUCACUGGUGCUCCUGACAGGUAGCAGGUCCGUCUGAGUGUCUCAGAACGGCCGUCCAGGUAGAUUAAAUCACCUGGAGAACUCCUUAUUUCACUGUUUUCAUAGUAAAUAAGCAGUGUGGAGUCAGAAGCCAAAGAGAGCUAACUUUUACCAACUUAAAGUCUCAAGAACCACAUCUCAGAUUAUCCUGAUGGAAAAGAGCAAAACAUUUAUCUGCACCUUUAUUCCCGUUUAUGUCAUAUGGUGAGAAAUUAAUGUAAUAAUACAUAAUUGAUAUUAGGUGAAUGGGAACUGACAAAAAAAUUGAGGGGAAAAGUUUAUGAUACUCCCAAAUGACAGAGAUAGAUGCACCAGUGGAACCAAUGUAAAGACUUAGUCUGAUCCUGAUUGUUUUCAUCACAAAGAUCACAGGGAACGUCCGUUAUUCACGUUUCUGCUUGUAUUUAACGGCUGUGUUUGACUCUUUCUCUUCAUUAAACCGAGAAAAGACCAGAUUUGGACUCACUGUGGAAAAAAACGACACCAAAGAAGAACAAGAGGAGAACUGAAGGAGGUUUCUAUUUAAUCCUCUAAACUCCAAGCAUCUCGAGGCAUUGCAUUUUUCUUUUUUCUUUUGCUUCUGUCACAUUUUUCCUCACUGUGGGCUCAUUUUUCUCUGCAAUAUAGAGUCCUGCACAUCUACGGAAACAGAACAACUGUGAAGAAGGAGAAAGAACUCAGAAAUGACGCCAUAAAUCAUUAAAAAAGAGAAAAUAAUGUCGAAAUUUGUGGAUUAUUUAUAUUGAACAAAUUGAAAAAAAAACCCUGCAACAUUUUUCCACGUGCACACAAUACUAAAAAUAAAGAGUUGGCUCCACAUGCUAUAGAUAUUACAUAUAUUAUAGAUAUUGUUAUAAAUACAGAUGUUUGCUUACAUUAUUAACCCUUUGAUGCACAACAUGGGUCAAGAGGUACCCAUUUUCCAUUGAAUAUGGGUCACUUUUGACCCAUGUUGUGCAUCAAAGGGUUAAUUUGUCUUCUUAUUCAUCAGCUGAAAAGUCCGACUUUUUGUCAUGUGACUUUUGAUCUCAGCUGGUCACUAAUGAUUUCACAAUAACGCUGCUGAGUGCUGAAUUUUUUUUGGUUUUUACAGAAUAUAUUUAGAGCAAAUGAUUUAUUUUUUGGCAGAUUUUUAAAAAACACCAAGUGAUUUUUAUGCAAAAAGUCCAACUUUUAAGGUUACAUUUAGUUCAGUCAUCCAACAAAACGGCACAAGUAGUUCAAGGACAAAACAUUUUUACAAUUUCUGGAGAAUAAAUGGUGUCAUUCUGGUGAUUUUUAAUUCUUAAAGAAAAGCCUUUCAAACCUGCUGGCGGGUUUUGGAGUUAAGAGGGUUAAAAUUUGUAAACCUGCAGCAGCUCCAUCAGUCUAACAGUGUGAUUCUUUUACUUGUUUAUAUUGUUGUAUUUUUACUACAGUAGAGAUCUAUUAAGGAAUACAGACUCUGAAGAUGAAUGAGGUUACAGUUCAGGUGAUGAGCACAACAAUCGUCUGUAGAUUUUAUUUGAAAUGUAUAUUUUCAUUAUUUUCAGUGAAAGUUUCUGAUUUUAUUCAGAGUGUUUUGGAAGCUGAAGGUCUUUUGAUGCUGCAUGAUGCCGGGUUGUCUCGUCCCAAAGUUAGAGCAGAGAAUGUAUUUUCUGUUUGGUUUUGUUCACCUACUGUGGAAACGUAUGAUUUUAAGAACAAGCAGCAACAGAGCCGCUGAUUCUGGAGUUUAAAUCAAGUUAUUUACUCUGAAUAAAUGAGUUUAUUUAAAGAAAGCAGCUUCUGUAAAAGGACCUUAUCACCCAGAAAACUAAAGAAAGAAACCUGUUUUAUUUAUGCAUCUAAAUUGAGCAAUAAAAAGCUGUUUUCAUUGA